AUGAACAUUGUCAGCAGCAGUGUGUCCAUAGUUCACCAUGAUACAUCCUGUAACCUGACUAUGGUGACCUUCUUCAUCAUUAAGGGCAUUUCCAGUUUCCCACAAUUACAGGUUCUCAUUUUCCUCCUUGUUCUUUUCAUUUACCUCUUCACACUAGGAGGAAACAUGACUCUUCUCCUGCUGGUCUGUCUUGACCGGCACCUACACACUCCCAUGUACUUCUUUUUAGCCAACUUGUCGGUUUUGGACAUCUCCUCCAGCUCCGUCAGUCUACACAAGAUCCUAGUAGCCUUUUUAACAAGAGACAGCAAAGUGUCUUUCCUUUCCUGCAUGAUACAGUUCUACAUAUUUUCUUGCUUGGCAUGCAAUGAACUGCUGAUACUUGCGGUCAUGAGUUACGACCGUUACAUUGCCAUCUGCAAACCUUUACGAUACUCUACUAUCAUGAACUGUAAGGUGUGCGUCCUCUUAGCCAUGGUCUGUUGGGUCUUAUCUUUCAUAGAAGUUAUGCCAUAUGUAGUAUUACUCUCUGAGAUCUCCUGUUAUACUUCCAACAUCAUCAAUCACUUCUUCUGUGACCUUGUGCCUCUGCUCAGUCUCUCGUGCAGUGACACCUCCAUCCUGAAGCUACUCAGCCUUAUUGAAGGAAUGGUACUGCUAAGCCUCACUCCUUUUGUCCUUACCUUCACUCCAUACAUCUUCAUCAUUGCCUCGAUACUGAGAAUCCAGUCUCACACUGGAAGACGUAAAGCCUUCUACACAUGUUCCUCCCAUCUCACAGUCGUCGUCCUUCUCUACGUGACGUUAGUUUAUCAAUACCUGAGACCGACCACAGCGGACUCCUUGGAGGCCAAUAAGUUGUCCUCUCUCUUUAACACAGCUGCAGUUCCCAUGCUCAACCCACUGAUCUACAGCUUAAAAAACAGAGACGUGAAAGCGUCACUAAAAAGAAAACUAGGGUAG